AUGGCGGGCAACUCGCCUACUUCCCCUUUGCCUGGUGUGACCAGGGGUGGGAGGGCUGCCCCGAUUGGCAGCUUGAAUAGCAUCACUAUUCAUUCCCCUAUAGGCAGCCUCAGCUCCGUGAACGGUGGUGUCAUCAACAGCGGGCACUUCAAAGCCACACCUCAAGGCCAGCGCCGCCGCUGGUGCGACUACACACCUACGGAAGUGUGGCCAGCAACCCCAAGCCCAGCUGGUCACGAGGGAAUGUGCGGCUUCGGCGUGCCAACCACUAUGCCAGCACCAGCAGCACCAGCAGUUGCCACGUCUCCUUCAGCAGCCUUAGGUGCCACUUAUUCUGGAUUCCCAGCUGUGGCACAACCAGCCCAACCUGCGCAGCCAGCGCAACCAGGUGUGGCUUCUGGGCAGGUGCCCGCUGCCAUGCCAGCAGGCAUUCCUGUGCCCAUGCAAGGCCUGCCAGGCAUGCUGCCCAUGCCCGUGACCGCAGCAGCAGGACCUUGUGACAUUGUGACAUUGUGCUGUGUAUAA